CGACAGCCAAAACCUGCGCCAUACAGAACUGCGACACCUGCGUAUAGCAGGCAUUGACAUAUAGCCUGUCUGAUUGCAGCCGUUGUCGCCAUUCCUGACACGAAAAUAUGGACGGAAGGGGUUUGACUCUCCGGAGCAAGGGAUCCAGAAGGCCUCAGAUUAGCGCUCCCCAGCCCAUCUCCGACCCUCGCUCGACCGCAAGUAGCAGCAAUAGGCCUCCUCCCGCUGCGAUCGCUGCUGUUUCUAUUCCCUCUACUGCGUCUGGUAAAUCUGGCGUUGCAGAUUCCUCCCCUCCUCGAAAAACACAACCAAGCGGUGCCACCUCGGACCUCGUCAAGCGGCGAUAUUCCUCUCGAUACAACCAGCAACUCAAUUUCGAUAUCCCGAAUGUUCCCAGUCUGCCAUCUGGUGUCGAUGCGUUCAGAUCGCAGAAAGCAUCCGCAGCUGGCAUUGGGCCGGAAGCCUCUGGCCAACCCCUCCGCGUUGAGCUUAGUGCGUUGAAAAACCCUAGUCUGCCAGUAGAAAAAUAUGUCACGACUCUGUUGGCAAAUGCUUCUGAAGAAGACAUUCGCGCGUAUCAGGCUCAGCUACGGAAACUCAAGAACAGAACUUCCACAGAUCUACAACAAAAUGUCUACAGGAACCGCACCCAGUUCAUCAAGAUCAGCAAGGAAGCUGAAAAACUUAAGGCAGAGAUGAUCACGCUUCGUGGUCUCAUGUCGGAACUCACUACGGCCCUAGGCCAGGCGAGCGCAACAAAUGGCUCCAGUGCCAUGGCCACAGGCUUCGAUGAGCCUUCGACCGUCAAACGGCAUCCAAAUCGUAGCUCCGUUGCUAAUCUCGAAAGCAUGUGGAAUGUUCAGCUCCAAACACUGUGGAAGACCGUCGAGCGAUCUCAGAAAUUCUUACCCGCUAUCCCCGGUCGCCAUAUCGUACUUGAAAGCGGCCAAUGGGUUGAGCUUGAUUCUGCAACGUGGAAACCUAAACGGCCCGUUCAUAUUUUCCUCCUCAACGACCAUCUCCUCGUGGCUGCGAAGAAACGGAAAAGAGUAGAUCCGAAUAGUCAGAAUAUGAAGGGCCCUGCCCCCACAAAAUUAGUUGCAGAGGAGUGCUGGCCGUUGCAGGAUAUCGAUAUGAUAGACCUCGCUACUAAUCUAGACGCAAAUGGAAUGAACCAACAUGUCGAGGAGCGAGGAGUUCCAAAUGCUAUUAAUAUCCGAUAUAGCCAGAAGUCGUUCACCUAUCGAAGCGACAAACGGGAGGGCAAUGCCAAAGUUGAUCUCUUAAUGACAUUUCGCAAAACGCUCGAGGAUUUACGGAAGCUCAUGCGGACAGAAACUGAAUCCAGUUCUAAGACUCCCGACCCUUCAACCAACCGCUUAUCAUUAUCAAGACGCUCUCAAAUUUUCGAUAGUAGGACCGCGUCCCGCGAUAAACUCGAUGUACUCAUCGAUGUCGACGGGAAGCAGCAAAAUAUGAGAUGGGUAGAAGGUCAAUUGGACGAGCUUGAUAUUGAUGCCGCCCUGCAACGCUUCGACAAUGCAGUGUCGCGGGUUGAACAGCUGCGAAAACUCGCAAAGAGUAUCAAGGGGAACGUAACAGCCCAGGAUAUCAUCCUGUCAAAGAUCGAUGAACGUGCCACAAAACUGGCGGAGACCAUCCUCCGUACCUUGGUGGACACUCAUUCAUUCCUUGCAGCGACCAAGACAAACAUUUCCUGGCUUUCCCGCCUAGGCUUCGACGAUAGAGCACGCGAAGCCUUCUUACACACCAGGACGGAAGUAAUCACAAAGCGCGCACGUCAAUGCGUUUUCGAAGGCGACCUACGACUGUACAUCUUCCAAGUAUCCUACGUCUAUUUCACACUGAUAAAAAACACCAUUGCCAUCUACCAGCAGUGCUUCCCGGCGCCCAUGACUAGCGCAUGCAUAAAAUGGGCCAAAGAGCACUUAGACGGCUUCAACGCAAUUCUUGUCCGACAAUUGAGCAGUGUGGAGCCUGAGAACUCAGUAUGGCAAGGAUGUAUGGAGACAGUACAUGAGCACGCCGCGUUGCUACUGGAGGUUGGGGUUGAUUUUAAGGAUUUAGUUGGGAAGGGGUUACCCACCAGCACAGCCGUGAACACUGCCCCGAGCACAGUAGGCGAGAGGCCAUCGACUCCUUGACCAGUUGGUGUUGGUUGAGUCAGCCAGUGUUGAAGAUGGAUAUCAACUGGGGUUCUACCAGCCUUAUUUGAAAACAAUUCCCCUCUUUUCUCAUGGUAGGAUGGGACUAUUUUCCUUGAUGAUUUUAGUUUUUACGACCCACUUGCUACGCUUUUUAGCUCCAAAUUCUUUUUGAUAUUUUCUUGUUUUUAGGUAUAGCAACACAAGAUGAGGAGGAAAGCUGGCAUUUCUUCAACGGACGCAGAGUCCAUUUUGAAUUAAGGAUUUAUCCUAUAUUACAUCUGCACCAUACCCCUAUUUCAUUCCGUAUUCCUUUGAUAUCCGCUAUAUAUUGUCCUGUUGUCUAUUGUGUCUAGCUUGUUAGUCUCCACAGGGUAGACCUAUCAAAAGGAUUCCAGUAGUUGCCGCCAAAGUUAUGUUCUAAAUGUGAUCUAUGGAUUAUCUAUAUUUAAUCUAAGUUCUGUAGCAAUCAAACUACACCUACUAUAUGUAAUGUACAUGUACAUGUACAAAAUAUAUCCUAUCCAUCGCUAACCCACUCAUAGCGGAUAUAAAACAUCUAUAAAAUUGAAAUCAUAGAAAUGAAUCAAAAAGGUCAACAGAAACCAACGUUAAACCACAUCACGCACAACACCUCACUUCUCUUUCAUCUCCCUCAACGAACCCGCCCUUUCCCUCAGCCGUAAGGUUCCAAAUCAUCUCCCACGCAUCCACCGCCACGGAUUCUUGAGCAGCCAACUGACCAAUCUGAAAAUCCAUCACCAACCCCGGCUCGUCCGUCGUCCUAGCGGGAGUCGGCAGGCGCAUCC